UGUGCACAACACUACGUGCGAAAGAGUCAUACCAGUAGACAGACUAGGUCAAAUCUUUGUUAUAAAUGUCGUCAAGAUGUUUCUGGAUAUACUGCUUAGUCUUUUUGUAGCAGGACUUUUGUGACCGUGACCGUUUACGAAAACUUUGGGUGAUCGAACCCCCCCAGACGAGAAACGUUACAAUAUCGCAAACCAGCAAGAUGGAUAUAUCAAUUCGCGUAGAACCUGAUGCAUCCAGUGGGCUCAAAAGCAACCAUGAAAUUGGUUUCUUGGAUCUGCCGGGCGAACUCCGCGAUAUCAUCUACCUGUUCGUAUCAGCCUGUUUAAAAGAUGAUCCAUGCUCGAGUUCGAAAACGAGAGUCAAACUAAAGCACAUCAAAGACUACCACAAGAACGUAGAGUGGCACCGUCUCCAACGUCAGGACCUAGGCCUUGCACAAACUUGUCGCCAAGUACGCUCAGAGUACCUCCCUAUUUAUGCAGCACACACGAAUCUAUACUUAUGCAUGCGCAACUUUGCUCUUGCUGUCGAGGACCUCAAUAUAACCAAACGCGGCAUUGUCAUGCCAGUCGGCGACGUAGUGAUCGGAGUGCAAAACUGGGAUGGUGAGGAUGCAUGGCGAACGAAUCGAUCAUGCGUUGACAUAGCGCCGCUUCUUACUCUCCAACUUCGUCAACCCGAGCUUCUAUUCAGGUUUGAUGACGCUGAGUGUAUGCGCGAGAGGCUGAGGCGCAACGAGCAAUUGGAUACCAGCACCUACUUCGCAACCCUCUUCUCUCUACACACGAACCCGCUUUGGCGCUCCUUCUUUACCAUGGCUGUGAGGGAGGUGUUCGUGUAUCCUGAUCUGGAUUGGAUUUGUGCGAGACAUGUCAAGGUGCAUAUCGAGAUCGAGAAAGAGUUCGGUGAGAUUUGGAUGCGAAGUCAUACGGCCAGACGGAAUAGGAGGCGGGGGAAGAUGGAUGGGUGGCUGGCAGCGGUUGGGUUGGAGGGCUUGAUGGGGUGGAACGGGUUGAGGGUUUAUUGGGCGAGAGGGUGGUUCGAGGAGUUGUUUGGUAAUUAAAGGCUGGCAUUAACCCAGGAUGCAAAGAUAUUCGCAGCGUGUCUUCGCGGGCGUCAACGGCGUAUCGCAAAUCGUUGGGCAAUUUGGCAUGCUUGCUCAUAUUUGAGAAGUAUUUCUUUGCUUCCACAACAGGCCUUCUGGUCGGCGAGGUCGCUUCGACU